AUCUGGAAGUCCUCAAGUAUCUACUAGAUCUCCAACCAGACAUGAUCUCGGUAAAGUGCCACGCUGGUGACCUUCCUGUUCAUAGCGCUGCUGAGACUGGUCGUCUGGAAGUCGUCAAGUAUCUACUAGAUGUCCAGCCGGACAUGGUCUCCGUAAAGAACACAAGAGGUGAACUUCCUGUUCAUCGUGCUGCCAGGAGUAGACAUCUGGAAGUCCUCAAGUAUCUACUAGAUCUCCAACCAGACAUGAUCUCGGUAAAGUGCCACGCUGGUGACCUUCCUGUUCAUAGCGCUGCUGAGACUGGUCGUCUGGAAGUCGUCAAGUAUCUACUAGAUGUCCAGCCGGACAUGGUCUCCGUAAAGAACACAAGAGGUGAACUUCCUGUUCAUCGUGCUGCCAGGAGUAGACAUCUGGAAGUCCUCAAGUAUCUACUAGAUCUCCAACCAGACAUGAUCUCGGUAAAGUGCCACGUAAGUUGAGAAAUCUGUAUCGUAGACUCCCUUUACUGUAGUCAGUCACUCUUACAGCACUCUUGAGGAUCACUGUGCUAGCUGUAUGUCUAUUGGUGGGAGAAUAUCAAGCUGAUACAACAGCAACCUCACCGAUCGUUUGCUGCAAAAGUAGCUGUUGUUACCUGACCAGUCUUAUAACCAACAAUGCUACAGUCGCGUGAAUGGCACUUAGAGUAAUAGAACAGGGAGUAGUAAGAACAGAGCAAUGGCAAAAGGCACCAGUUGCCAGAA